AUGGGAAGAGCCCCAUGUUGUGACAAAACGAACGUGAAGAGGGGUCCAUGGUCUCCUGAAGAAGAUUCAAAGCUCAAGUCCUAUAUAGAUAACUAUGGAACUGGUGGCAAUUGGAUUGCUCUUCCUCAAAAGAUUGGUAUCAAGAGAUGUGGAAAAAGUUGUAGAUUGAGAUGGUUGAAUUACUUAAGACCUAAUAUCAAGCAUGGAGGAUUCUCUGAGGAAGAAGACAACAUCAUAUGUAACCUCUAUAUCAGUAUUGGGAGCAGGUGGUCAAUAAUUGCUGCUCAGUUACCUGGAAGAACUGAUAACGAUAUUAAGAACUACUGGAACACCAAGCUGAAGAAGAAGCUUCUCGGAAGGCGCAAGCAGUCUAACAAUCUCAACCAACAGAUCUCUACAUCUGCCCGAAACCCGGGGGAGUUGGCGACAACUACAACUCAUGACGUCCUAAGUAGCUCGGCUCUAGAGAGGCUUCAACUCCACAUGCAACUUCAAAACCCUCUAAUGACCAAUUACUUCAACCACCCUUCCUUAUGGCCCAAGUUGCAUCCUUUCCAAGAGAAUGUUAGCAAAACCCCAGGGUUUGAUAGCUUAUUCAUUAAUCAUCCCAAUCCUCCUACAAUGGGACAAGAUUAUCUAGGAAUUAUAAGCAAUGGGCUAAUGUUGCCAACAUCUUCGGAUAGUUCUAUGGGCAUCAACGGGGGAGAUUGUAAUGUUUUCCAACCAUUGGAUGGGAUCACGCGAGCCAAUGAAGAGAUUCAGCGAGCCUCGGAGAUGGAAAACCUUAUAAACAACGGGAAAUCGGGGGAGGAUUAUUCACUUGUUGGAUUUGAUAGUUCCGAGGAAAUGAGUGGUUUUAUGGACAAUUCAACUUGGUGGGCUUAUAAUGAAUUGGCUGCAAAAUCAGUUUCCUCGAGUUCUUGGGAGUCUAAUGAUCAUCCUAUCAUUCAACAUGGGAAGAUUGAUUAUCCGGAUUAUAAUGUGUUGGGAUACAACCUAGAAUGA